UGGCUGAGCAGGACGAUCAGAGGGGAGCGGUGCAGCAGCAGCAGAGGCGGCGGCAGCGGCGGCGGCAGCAGCAUCAGUGGGCUGGAGGCUGGUAGGAUGUGCUGCCGAUUAGGCUGAUUAGAGCCGGAGCAACGAUGCAGUGACUAGGAAAACACGGGCACACACACACACACACACACACACAGGGAGAAGGAGGGAGAGUAACACAGGGUUGCGCACGAGAAAUGAUCCGCUCCUAGACUAUGGCACCGUCGGGCUCGCGUAUCAAGAAGGGCUGUCAGAGAGUUUUGUACUGGAUCCCGGUCCUCUUCAUUGCCCUCAUAGUGGCUUGGUCGUACUACGCCUACGUUUUGCAGCUUUGCAUAGAGUCCAUCGAAGACACAGGAGAAAAGGUUGUGUACUUGCUGGUGUACCAUGUCAUUUUCAUCAUGUUUGUGUGGGCGUACUGGCAAACCAUCUUCACCAAGCCCAUGCACCCCCUGAAGGAGUUUCACCUGUCCUACUCUGACAAAGAGCUGCUGGAGCGUGAAGAUCGGGGAGAGUCUCAGCAGGAGAUCCUGAGGAGGAUAGCCAAGGAUCUGCCCAUCUACACCCGCACCAAUUCUGGAGCAAUCCGUUUCUGUGACCGCUGCCAGCUGCUGAAGCCUGAUCGAUGUCACCAUUGUUCAGUCUGUGAUAAAUGCAUCCUGAAGAUGGAUCACCACUGCCCGUGGGUGAACAACUGUGUGGGAUUCUCAAACUACAAGUUUUUCAUGCUGUUCUUGGCAUAUUCGCUACUCUACUGCCUUUUUAUAACUGCUACAGAUCUUCAGUACUUCAUUAAGUUUUGGACUAACGGACUCCCGGACACUCAGGCGAAGUUCCACAUCCUGUUCCUCUUCUUCUCAGCCUCCAUGUUUUCAGUAAGCCUGGCUUCGCUCUUCACCUAUCACUGCUGGCUUGUCUGCAAGAACAGAUCCACUCUGGAGGCUGUGCGCUCUCCGGUGUUUCGCCACGGCACAGACAAGAACGGUUUCAGUCUGGGCUUCAGCAAGAACUUCCGCCAGGUCUUUGGCGACGAAGUGAAAUACUGGCCUAUUCCCGUUUUCUCCAGUUUAGGGGACGGUUGCUCGUUCCCAACCUGUCUGGUGAAUCUGGACCCCGAGCAGCCCUCUUUGCCCACUGACUCCAGUUCUGUCAACAAGGGUGCAGCAGAGGGUCGACAGUUCCCCUCCAAGCCUCUGAGGGAGUCUCAGAGUCGGCUGCUCACCAGCACCCCCUCCUGGACAGAGAGUGACAGUGCAGCAGACAAAGACAAGGGUGCCAGCAACCAAGGGAUGACCAUAGAAAAUGAGGCAUGACCCAGGUCAGAGUUAGGACACCUGAAACCCCAGAAAAGUCAAUGCUGCACCAACCCCA